AAGGUAUGUUAUACCUACGGUGCCCGGCGAGGGACAUAAACAGCUGGAAUUCGCCUGGCGUGGCCUACCUGCUAUAACCGUAUGUUCUGAGGGGAAAGAGCCGGCGACACCGCGGAGAUGAGCGGCGACAGGAGAGGGGAGCAGAGUGACCCCCUGCUGACAUGGAUGAGAACAUUUCCAGUCUCCGGUCCGUGUGCGUCCUACAAGGACUUAACGGGAGGACUUGCUAUCGCCCAGGUGUUGAAUCUCAUAGAUUCCUCCUGGUUUAAUGAAGCCUGGCUGAUGAGGAUAAAGCCUGACCCUACCGACAACUGGAGGCUGAAAGUCAGUAAUCUGAAGAGAAUCCUGCAGAGCAUUCUGGAGUAUUAUCAGGAAGUUCUUUCACACCCGGUUUCGGAGGACCACAUCCCAGAUGUUGCGAUGAUCGGGGAGUUCUCCAACACUGCAGAGCUGAGGAAGAUGGUGCAGCUGGUGCUGGGAUGUGCUAUCAGUUGUGACAAGAAGGAAGAGCAUAUCCAGCAAAUCAUGACCCUGGGAGAGUCGGUGCAGCAGGCUGUCAUGGAGUCCAUACAGGAGCUCCUGAGCAAGGAACCCACCGACACAGUGAGUGCCGACAGCUAUGUCAACUACGACAGUCAGUCUCGUAAAUAUUACUUCCUCAGUGAGGACACGGACGAGAAGAUGGGCAUCCUGCAUCGGUGCCACGAGCUGGAGCAGCAGGUCUCCUUGCUGAUGGAAGAGAAGCGUAACCUUCUCUCUGAGAACCGAUCCCUUCGAGAGCAGCACGAUUCACCAGACGGAGACAUCGGGACACCCCAGAUGUUCACCAAGAAGAUGCUGCUGUUGCAAAGUCAGAUCGAGCAACUUCAGGAAGAAAACUACAGGCUGGAGAGUGCACGUGAUGACUACAGGCAACGGUGUGACGAGCUGGAUCGGGAGUUGCAGGAACUCCAUCAGCGGAACCAAGACCUAACCGGACUUGCACACGAGGCCCAGUCACUACGGGAUGAGAUGGACGUACUUCGGCACUCUUCAGACCGCGUAGGGAAGUUGGAGUCCCUAGUUGAGUCUUACAAGAAGAAGUUGGAGGAUCUGGGAGAUCUGCGGCGCCAGGUGAAGCUUCUCGAGGAGAGAAACACGGUCUACAUGGAACGCACCUGUCAGCUCGAGGAGGAGCUUCACAAGGCGCACGCCUCCCGAGGGCAGGUGGAGAGCCUCGGCCGACAGGUCCAGGAGCUGAAUAAGAGGCACUCUGCAGAGUCCUUGCGGGCAGAGAAGUGGCAAUUCGAGUUCCAGACCUUGAAGGAAAAAUUUGAGGCUUUACAGAAGGAGCGAGAGCGGCUGCUGGCAGAAAGAGACUCUCUACGGGAGACCAAUGAAGAGCUGCGCUGCUCCCACCUCCAGCAGACGUGCCUGGUACAAGCAGAUGCCUUCUCUGGACUGUCUUCUCCGGUGGACAACUUGGCAGCAGAGAUCCUUCCUGCGGAGCUGAAGGAGACGGUUAUCCGCCUGCAGCAGGAGAAUAAGAUGCUUUGUGUGCAGGAAGCCUCCUACCAGCAACGUCUGUCCGAGCUGCAGAAUUUGCUAGAAGAGUCCAACCGCGGCCGCAAUAGACUUGAGAGCGAAAACCGGCUGAAUCAGCAGCAGAUCCAGGAGCUGAAGUAUCGGAACGAGGAUCUUCAUAGACAACUGAUGGAGCAGGGCAGCCGGGCAGAAGAUUCCUCACAGCUGAAGAGGAAGCUGGAAGAACACCUGGAGAUGCUUCAUGAUGCUCACUCAGAAUUGCAGAAAAAGAGAGAAUACAUUGAAACCCUGCAGCCUAAGGCCGACUUGAACAUGUCCCGCAAAGUGGAUGAGUUGCAGCAGAUCUUACGACAGAAGGAGGAGGACAUGAAAGCCAUGGAGGAGAGGUACAAGCGAUACGUGGAGAAAGCCCGGACGGUUAUUAAAACUCUGGAUCCCAAGCAGCAGAAUUACAUUCCUCCAGAGAUCCAGGCCUUAAAGAACCAGCUGCAGGAGAAGGAGACCAGAAUCCGGCACUUGGAGACUGACUUCGAGAAGACCAAGUCUCAGAAAGACCAGGAAGAAAAGCUGAUCAUAAGUGCCUGGUAUAACAUGGGCAUGGCGCUGCAGCAAAAGGUCACCGAUGAUAGGACGCAGGUGCCCAGUGGAGCCCAGUCUUUCCUGGCCCAGCAGAGACUGGCCACCAAUGCCAGACGUGGACAGCUCUCCCGCUCCUUGCUCCCCAGAUACAGCGACAAGCGGCAGAGCAUGUCAUGAACCCACCAGGGUGGUUCUAUAUAAGCUACAUACUUCUGCCAGCCCCAUAAGGGAGGGCUUGUUUACAUAGUGCCAGGGACCAGCAACCUCCAGCAGUUCUGAAACUACAACUCCCAACAUCCUCAUUUUACGUCCAUGCGAGUUGCAAUAACAGCCAAGUAAGUGUGGAUGCUGGGAUCUGUAGUUUGACAGCAGCUGGAGCGCUGAAGGUUUCUGAUCCGUGGACUAACCUGUCAAUGUCUGGACAAUCGCACUCCUCUAGGGGGCGCUGAUCAUUUUUAGAAAACUAAUUCUGCCUUCUUUUUUAACCUUUGCUGCCUCCUUUUAUCCUUAUGCAUUUCUUUUUACCUAGGGCAUCCUCAAAACUGGCAUGGAACUUGCUGUAGAUUAAUGAACAUGAGCAGAGUACUUGUAGUGUGCCCCCUGGAGGCGGUCAUGGGAACUGCUAGAUAUGGCUCAUUAUAGGAUAGGUGCCCUAUGUACAUGCCCCAUCCUAACAUAAAGAGACAUAUACAGGCUGCAUGUGGCGGCCCCUGAGAUCUCCUGCUCAUUCAGCUAUCAGCAUAUGGUUUUAUUACCACGGAUGGUUUUAUUACAGUCAUUGUGUCUUUCAGUCGCUCACGUACACUAGUUCAGUACACGUUACAGGUCGUCGUCGUCGUAGGAAAAACCCAAAAUUCACCAUAGUUAUAUUCUAUAGGUAGUCUUCUAUGAAGGCAUAUAGCCAGUACUGCAGCACCACCUUGUGGUUGUUUGUGGUUACUGCAAUGAGAAAUAACUAGGAUUUUUUUUUUUUUAUCCACCUAUAAUUUAAGGUUUGCCGUCCUGUCUUUUGCACAACUGGUGCAAUUUAAUUCUAUAGUUAAGCACAAGCCAAAGACCUCUCCUUAGGAUGCACAUUCACCUCUUUUUAUAGGUUCUGGGUGGACAUAGUUUACUGCGUUUUAUAUUUAGGGGAGACCCCAAUAGUUUAUACAUGCUCCAGUAAGUUAUAUGCCAUUUUGGAGGUGUAGUAUUUAUAUGUAAGUCAGUAACACUAAUUGGGUUCUGGAUAGAAGACGUCACUAUUUUAUAUGUAUAUGGCAGUCAAAUUUUAGGGCUGUUUAAUGGAACUUAGACAGUACCCCCCCCCCCCCCCCCCCCCUCCCCUCUUCACCCGUGCACUGACUUGUUGCCUUAUUAACUCUUGCUAGCAACACAGAGCCCUGAGCUAGCCAAAGUGGUACGUCCUAUGUACAGUAUAUAUAUUGAUAGUAUUAUACUGGCCCUUUAAAUCCUGCUGCUGCCAUUUUCCCAUCCCUUUCAUUUUUGGACAGGUGACGUUGGGGUGUUUUUCGGGUCUAUACACGGAUGUUGUUUUCUGCUUGUAUUUAUAUGUGUUUUAAGCUGUGAAUUGCUACUAACUUGUACCGUUUUUAUUGUUCUGGUUGGUAUGUCACUCCUGACCCUUUCACUUCAAAUAAAAAAUAGCGCGUUAUGCCCUAAGGUAGAUAUUUUUAUAAUAUUCUAGGAGAAGAGCUGCUUUUUAGAAUUCGUCUUGAUACAGAGGUACUCCCACUAGUGAGGGUAAGGAGCUCCAUAUUGUUAGAGGUGCAGUACCUGCCGUGCCCUCUAGAUGGAGCUGUGAUGGUAUAACUUACAAGAGCUAAAUAUGCCGUCCGCUAUAGAAUAGGUACAAAUAUAACCUCUAGUCAUUGAGGGGAGUUUGUCUUGUGGGCCCCCCCACUUGUCUUUUCUAUCUGCUCUUAGCUUACCAUUCGUAGUAUUGUUUAUGAUGUCUUUUAUACACUACAAAUAAAACUUUUAUCUUUCUUUUUACCAAAA